UGUACACAGCACAGUGCUCCACGCAGGGUGUGUGACGCGCGCCCCUCACCCCUCAGUGUUAGCCUGCCUGACAGGUCACCCCCGCUAUCACCCGCCUGAUAGGUGGCCCCGCUAUACCCGUGUGACAGGUAGCACCGCCAUAUCAGGAUAAUACCCACAUGUCCAUCUCCUCCAGUGCCACAGUGGAUUAUAGCCUAGUGUGCCAGUGAUCAUGCCAAACUGGCGGUGCCCAGGAGUGUAAAGUUAUAACUUGUGUUCCACCCCUGGCGGAGGUGGUUGUCAAUGUUUGUGCCAGAACAGUGCCACGAUAAGAUGGCUCUAGUAGUGCCCCCGGGGCCCACGUGGCGCGACCCGCCCGUGUCCCUGCCCCCCACCACGGGGGAGGACGUCACCCGGGAACUGGGUGCCAGCGUCACCCCACAGCCCGCCGCCCCACAGACGCCCACACCUAAUUCCACGGCGGGCAGCGCGCCCUCCUCGGCGCCCAGCCCUACAGGCGACGACAAGAACGCCCAGAACAUGACGUGUGUCGUGUGCAGCGACAAGAGCUCAGGGAAACACUAUGGCCAAUUCACCUGUGAAGGCUGCAAGAGCUUCUUCAAGCGGUCGGUGCGGCGGAACCUGCAGUACUCAUGCAGAGGAAACCGCAACUGUCCCAUCGACCAGCAUCACCGUAACCAGUGUCAGUACUGUAGACUCAAGAAAUGCUUCAAAGUCGGCAUGAGGAGAGAAGAAAAAAAUAAUGGGCAGCACCUCCUUCUCAUCACCAGCUCAAACUUCCCCCAUGGCAAGAUAACGACCGAGCAAGCUGUGCAACGCGGCCGCAUCCCGCCGUCCCAGGGGAUGGGGAUGCCCAGCCAGUUUAUGGCCAAUGGUGACACCCUCAACGGUCACAGUUACCUGUCCUCCUACAUCUCCCUGCUGCUGCGUGCCGAGCCCUUUCCCACGUCUCCUUACGGCCAGUGCAUGAACGCCAACAACAUCAUGGGCGUGGACAACAUCUGCGAGUUGGCAUCACGGCUGCUCUUCUCGGCCGUCGGCUGGGCCAAGAAUAUCCCCUUUUUCCCAGAGCUGCAGGUGACGGACCAAGUAGCGCUGCUGCGGCUGGUUUGGUCUGAGUUGUUCGUGCUGAACGCUUCCCAGUGUUCCAUGCCCCUUCACGUGGCGCCGCUGCUGGCCGCCGCUGGCCUCCACGCCUCGCCCAUGGCGGCCGACAGAGUGGUCGCCUUCAUGGACCACAUCCGCAUCUUCCAGGAGCAGGUAGAGAAGCUGAAGGCUCUCCACGUGGACUCCGCAGAGUACUCCUGCCUCAAGGCCAUCGUCCUCUUCACCUCAGAUUAUCGUUAUUUCAACUUGACACUUGAUUACCACUGUGAAUAUCUGUCUCAGACCUCGAUAGUGUGGCGUUAUGAGGCACGUGUGAGUCAGGUCCGCCAGCAAGACCAGGAGACCAUGAGCUUUAGGGGAAAGGCCAUCAGCUGGUGUGGUCUGGGGGGCGGCUACACCUACAAUGGAAGGAUUGAUUGA